AUGAAGCAUGUGACAUGUACAGAUUUUGUUACCAGUUAUGACAGUAAUAGCAUUGUCAAAGUCAAAUGUCUCUUUGGUGAUGAAGCCAAGAAAUUAUUCGUUGAUAGAGCUUUUGGACCUGAAAAAGGAUGUCCACCACAGUUCAAUGAUGCCACCGAUGAGAUCACUAGAAAAUGUGGCGGUUUUCCCCUAGCCAUAAUCUGCACGGCUAGAAUUGUGGCAAGCCAACCAGAAACAGAACAGGAGCAGCAAUUGGAUUACGUAAACAAGUUUCUACCAAACAAUUUGAGAACACACUCAUCUUCUAUGGAGAUCCUGAACCAAGUACUGAAGCUGUGUUACAGUAGUCUUCCUCAUUGUCUGAAAACAUGUCUGCUGUAUCUUAGUGUGUAUCCAGAGAACUACUUAUUUCUGAAAGAAGAUUUGGUGAAGCAAUGGAUAGCUGAAGAUUUCAUAUGUACACCAGAAGCGAAGGACAUUGUAGAUGUUGCCGGCAGUUAUUUUGACGAGCUCCUAAGUUUAGGCCUGAUCCAGCAAAUGGAUAUUGUUAACUCUAACAAGAAAGGUUUGUUGUCCUACACAGUGCACCCUAUGGUAUUUGAUUUUAUCACAUCCAAAUCCAUGGAAGACAAUUUCGUCACCAUCAUAGAUUAUUCUCAGUCGACAGUAGUUCUCACUGAGAAGGUUCGUCGAUUGUCACUCCACUUUGGCAGUGCAGCAUAUGCUACUACACCCGAAAGUGUGGAAUUGUCACAAGUUCGCUCACUCUCUUUUAUUGGACUCUUAGGUUGCAUGCCUUCGAUUGCAGAGUUUAAGCUUGUUCGAGUCAUGGUCCUCCAUAUCUUUAGUGACGACGUGGACUCCCCGUUUUCACUUUCAGAAAUAUGUCACCUGCUCCAGCUAAGAUAUUUGCAGGUCAGGUGCAACGUCACUGUGGAAUUGCCAAACAAGAUGCAGUGUCUAAAACACAUGGAAACACUAGAAAUAAAUGCAGGGGUAGAUUAUGUUCCAUCGGAUAUUGUCCAUCUUUCAAGAUUGCGGCAGGUUCGUCUUGGAGAGAAGACCAACCGAACUCCGGGUCAAAUUGCUUCAAUCAAGUUUUUUUCCUCAUUUGAAUUUGACUGGAGCAGGUUGCCGUCCCCUUCCAUCUCCCAUGAGAGCUUUGAGUUGCUGCAUCCCAUUUGCAUCUUUUCAAGACUGACCCAGUGGUUUGUUCAGCUGCACAAACUUCGAAUUUUGGAAAUUGUGGUCAGAAAAUUGUUGAACAACAUUGAUGUCCUCGCAGAGUUACCGGUGAUUAAACAUCUGUCCUUGUAUGUCCGAACACCACCCACUGCAGUGAUAAUCUUGAGCACAGGAAUGUUCCCGGCUCUCGAGUAUUUCAAGUUUGUGUGUGGUGUGCUAUUGCUGGGCUUUCAUGAUGAAUCCUUGCCCAAUCUUCGGAAGCUCAAGCUAGUGUUCAACGCCCACAAAGGGGAGCACUACAGCAACAUGCUUGUGGGCAUCAGCCACCUGCUAGGCCUCCAGAAAGUUGCUGGAAGCAUUGGGUUAGUCACUGAUGCUGAGGAAUCUGACAGGAUAGCUGCAGAGUCUGCGUUCAAGGAUGCAAUUAGAAAGCAUCCAUGUUACCCAAGCUUGGAGCAGGUGAAAAGGGUCGAUCCAGUUGACGAAGAUUGGAACCAACAGGGAGAAGAAGAUUCCUCAAAUGAACGUGGGCAAGUGCCUAGGUGGAAGCUGGCGUUCCAGAUCUCACCACGGCUCUCCAUCUACACCGGCUCAAAGAUCGAGGACGACAACGGGAAACUGCUGAAGGUCAUCCUAGUGGAUCCGGACAACGACUCGGCGUCAGCGCUCCCGUCGCCGCUGAGCAUCGAGCUUGUACCGCGUGUAGGGGACUUUCAAGGGUACCACCACCGCGAGGACUGGACUGCAGAAGAGUUCGAGAAAGCCAUCCUGAGGAACGGGCACGCAACGGUGGGUGAGCUCCAGUUCACAGACAGCUCGUCCUGGGUCAGCUCCCGCAAGUUCCGCGUCGGGAUUCUUGGCGACGGCAUGAACGAUCCUAUGUGGGAGGCGACGACCAAGCACGCGAGGGCCUGCGGCCCCGGCGACAAGGUGUACGUGUACACAGCGGGUGGCGGCACCAUCUACGUGAACUCUGUCUUGGACCCCGUUAAGGUCGAGAUCGGUGGCACUUAG